UUGCUGCGACCUCAAUUCACAGCGCCGCCCUAUCCGCCACCCUUCUCUCUCGGCCCCGGGAGCAGGACGUAUCUUCAGGUCUCAAACAUGCUGUCAGUUCGCCUUGCAGCGGCUCUUGCCCGCAACCUACCACGAAGAGCUGGAUUUGUAUCUAACAAUGUUGCGGCAGCAUGCGUCGGAGCCAAGAAUCUGCACACCGCCCAGCAUUGGCUCCAAAAAACAGGCACAGCUGAAGUGUCAUCCAUUUUGGAGGAGAAGAUCAUGGGAGCUGACACCAGCGCUGCUUUAGAGGAGACUGGCCGUGUCCUGUCCAUUGGUGACGGUAUUGCCAGAGUGUACGGCCUCAGGAACGUGCAGGCAGAGGAGAUGGUGGAGUUCUCCUCUGGUCUCAAGGGCAUGUCCCUGAACUUGGAGCCUGACAAUGUUGGUGUUGUGGUGUUUGGUAAUGACAAGCUGAUCAAAGAGGGCGACAUCGUCAAAAGAACUGGUGCUAUCGUCGAUGUGCCUGUUGGUGAAGAACUCCUAGGCAGAGUUGUUGAUGCUCUGGGAAAUGCUAUUGAUGGAAAGGGCCCUCUUGGCUCCAAGGUGCGCCGCCGUGUGGGUCUGAAAGCCCCUGGUAUCAUUCCCCGUAUCUCUGUGAGGGAGCCCAUGCAGACUGGCAUCAAAGCCGUGGACAGCUUGGUCCCCAUUGGCCGUGGACAACGUGAGCUCAUCAUUGGAGACAGGCAGACAGGCAAAACUGCCAUCGCCAUUGACACCAUCAUCAACCAGAAACGUUUCAAUGACGGAACUGAUGAGAAGAAAAAGCUGUAUUGCAUCUACGUUGCUAUUGGCCAGAAGAGAUCCACUGUGGCUCAGCUGGUGAAGAGGCUGACAGACACCGAUGCUAUGAAGUACACCAUAGUGGUAUCGGCCACUGCCUCCGAUGCUGCGCCUCUGCAGUACCUGGCUCCCUACUCUGGCUGCUCCAUGGGGGAGUAUUUCAGAGACAACGGAAAGCAUGCGCUCAUCAUCUAUGACGAUCUCUCAAAGCAGGCUGUCGCCUAUCGUCAGAUGUCCCUGUUGCUCCGCCGUCCCCCAGGUCGCGAGGCCUACCCUGGAGACGUCUUCUACUUGCAUUCCCGUCUGCUGGAGAGAGCUGCCAAGAUGAACGAUAACUUUGGUGGUGGCUCCCUCACCGCUCUUCCUGUUAUUGAGACACAGGCUGGAGAUGUGUCUGCCUACAUUCCAACAAACGUCAUCUCCAUCACAGAUGGACAGAUUUUCCUGGAGACCGAGCUGUUCUACAAAGGUAUUCGUCCGGCCAUAAACGUCGGUCUGUCAGUGUCGCGCGUUGGAUCAGCUGCCCAGACCAGGGCCAUGAAGCAGGUGGCCGGCACCAUGAAGCUAGAGCUGGCCCAGUAUCGAGAGGUGGCCGCUUUCGCUCAGUUCGGUUCUGAUCUGGACGCCGCGACGCAGCAGCUGCUGAACCGUGGCGUUCGUCUGACUGAACUCCUUAAACAGGGACAGUACUCUCCAAUGGCCAUUGAAGAACAGGUAGCAGUCAUUUAUGCUGGAGUGAGAGGACACCUUGACAAGAUGGAACCAAGCAAGAUCACUAAGUUUGAAAAAGCUUUCCUUCAGCACAUCUUGAGUCAGCAGCAAGACUUACUAGCAACUAUCAAGGCUGAUGGGAAAAUAUCUGAAGCUUCUGAUGCUAAACUCAAGCAGAUCGUUUUGAAUUUCCUCUCUAGCUUCGAGUGAAAUGACCAAAAAAUCUCUGAAUGAAUUUGGUCUUGUUUUUGUUUCCAAAGCAGAGCACGAGUUAGGCUUUCAAUGAAUUUAAGAAAAAUUCAAGGGACUUUAUGUACAGAUAUCUCCUGAAGCUAAAUAAAGUGUUCCAACUAAGUAA